UCCUCACCGACCAGGGGCCGGCGCUGCGGCGAGAGCAGCAGGGAAGGAGGCGUGCGGCGCCCGCCCCCAGCGCGCUGCCCGGAGCCGGAGGCGCAGCCAGGCGCUGUUCCCGGGCGCUAUCCCAGCCUCAUCCCGGCGCUCGCCGCAGCACCGAGCCCGCGAGGCGGCCCUUCCCUGCGCAGAGGUGGCAGCAGCAGGCGACAUGACGGCGGAGGAGAUGAAAGCGGACGGGGCUCCCCUGGAAGGGGUGGACAUCACUCCCAAGCAGGAUGAGGGCGUCCUCAAGGUUGUCAAGAGAGAAGGCAGUGGGACAGAGUCUCCGAUGAUAGGUGAUAAGGUGACCGUCCAUUACACAGGGUGGCUUCUCGAUGGCACAAAAUUUGACUCCAGUCUGGACAGAAGAGACAAAUUCUCAUUUGACUUGGGGAAAGGUGAGGUGAUCAAAGCAUGGGACAUUGCUGUGGCCACUAUGAAGAUUGGUGAAAUCUGUCGUAUUACAUGUAAACCAGAAUAUGCCUAUGGCUCAGCUGGCAGCCCCCCAAAGAUACCUCCCAAUGCUACACUGAUUUUUGAGAUAGAACUGUUUGAGUUCAAGGGGGAGGACCUCACUGAUGAAGAAGAUGGUGGCAUCAUCCGAAGAAUCCGUAAAAAAGGGGAGGGCUACUCCAGGCCCAAUGAGGAUGCACUUGUAGAGAUCCAGUUUGAAGGCCGACAUGGAGAUCGUGUUUUUGACAAGCGGGAAUUGCGGUUUGAGAUUGGAGAAGGCGAAAACUUCGACAUUCCUCAUGGUCUGGAGAAAGCAAUUCAAAAAAUGGAGAAAUCGGAGGAAUCUGUGUUCUAUCUCAAACCCAGCUAUGGUUUUGGAAGUGCUGGGAAUGAGAAAUUUAAGAUCCCUCCAGAUGCAGAGCUGCAGUAUGAAGUGAAACUCAAAAGCUUUGAAAAGGCUAAGGAGUCCUGGGAAAUGAACACUGAUGAGAAGCUGGAACAGAGCGGAAUUGUGAAGGAGAGAGGCACUCAGUACUUCAAGGAGGGAAAAUACAAGCGGGCAGCAUUACAGUAUAAGAAGAUUGUGUCAUGGCUGGAGCACGAGUCAGGACUCUCUGAGGAGGAGGAAUCAAAAGCCAAAAGCCUGAGGCUUGCUGCCCACCUUAACUUAGCCAUGUGCCAUCUCAAGCUAAAGGAAUACUCCCAGGCUUUGGAGAACUGCAACAAGGCACUUGAAUUGGAUAGCAACAAUGAAAAAGGCCUCUUCCGGCGUGGAGAAGCUCACUUGGCUGUCAAUGACUUUGAGCUGGCCCGAGCAGAUUUCCAGAAAGUGAUACAACUUUAUCCAAGUAACAAAGCUGCCAAAGUGCAACUGGUGACUUGUCAGCAAAAAAUACGGGAGCAGCAUGAGAAGGAGAAAAAGAUGUAUGCCAACAUGUUCCAAAGGCUCGCAGACAAAGACUUAAAGUCAUCCGCUACUCUUCAGACAAGCCACACUGAAGAUGCAGAAAUGAAAGAUGCGCAGAAUGGAGUUGAAGAUAAAUCAGAAGUUGAAGCAGAAGCAUAAAAAACCCCCUAUUCCAUUAGUUUUGUAAAUGAAUGAAUUUCCAGUGAAUUAGACCUUUAUUUUUCUACCUGGUUGGAUAGUGGCUUCAAGGGAGCAGAGGCUGAAGCCACCAUGCCACAGUCAGUUACAGCUUUAUGUGGCUGUUCAAGAAGCUGAGUGGCAGCAUAAAUCUGGUUUAAUCCUAGUGACUUUAUUUAUUCAUUCAGCCUCUGUUAAUGUUUGGGUUCUGUCUGGAUUUACUCUGCUUGGUUUAUUUGCAUUUUCAUAGAAUCAUAGAAUGGCUUGAGUUGGAAGGGACCUCAGAGAUCUAGUUCCAACCCCCCUG